CAUGCCGAGAUAAAACGAUACUUUCCGCAACUGCGUUAAGUUCCUUUUUUGCUUCCCUGCUUUUUUAGUUUGUUUACCAUGCAGGUUCGCUGUUCAGCUUAAUGCAAGCGAAACUUGGCUUAUCAUGUUCUUUUUGUAACUUGCUUAUUACGAAUCACUAACGCGCAAUGAAAGAAGGACGCUUCUCGAUCAGCAGUUAAAUUGCCGCUGAGUUGCCAGCGGAACAGCCAGUCGCCGUAAUGGCUGACACUGGCUGGCUGUCGGCUUUUGACGACGACCUAAUCACAUACCGUGGUGUGUUCAGCACCAGCCUGGCCGACCUCUCCGCUGUACAGCUGACGGCCCGGCGGCGACGCCAGGUGCGCGCGCGCGUCUUCUUCUUCUGCGCCGUGACGUCACUGGUGCUGCUGCUGCCGGCCGCCAUCCUGGUGUCGGUGGCUGUUCAGCUGCACGUGCGCGCCAACUCGCCGCUAGCCGUCUUCACCUACCUGCUGUUCGUGCUGGCAGUGUUCGGUGUCUGCUACGUGGUGGGGCGCUCCGUGGCCGUGUGCCGGGCGGCGGGGCGGGGCUGCCGGCCGACCGAGGCCUCUCCUGAGGCUCGCGUCGCCUCCCCGGACGAGCUGGACGCCCUGCUGGAGUCGCCACCGCCGCCGCAGCCGAAGCCGGCGGCCGCAGCGGCGCCCCGCCUCCUCUCCACCACGUCACGGCCAAUCCUGGCGGAGCACAGCCGACAUGCUCCGCCCCCGCCGGCCGCCGGUCACCGCUAGGUGGCGCGAGCGACCAAGGCCUCGCGGCAGCCGCAGCGGGGCAGCAACUGCUGCAGUGAGGCGUCCCCGGGGAACUGCGACAAUGCAGGAAGCGCGCGAAAGUGAGCUUAAACGUUAUGUUAUGUUUGCUUAUGCUUUGAUCGACAUCGAGGUGACGAACCGUAAUACGAUUCCGCUGUCGUGUACACAUGCUCCAUCUGAAUACGUUGUUUUUGUUGCGGCGUAGAUAGUGACCGUCAUUUUAAAGACCACAUGCUCCAUUUGCUUAAUGCGAGCUGUUAACUUUAAAACGCAAGUGACGGUACAGUUUUGUAUUUCGUGUGUCUACAAAAUAAUUAACAAAGCACGAU